UUUACGCUUAAACAUGAUUUGCAAGCUUUGGAAUUGUAUAAUAAAGCGCUUAUUUCGAUGCCAAUUCAAUCCGCAAAGGAUGUGGCAAUAAUUCGUGCAAAUCGAAGUGCAGUUUUACAACAUCUAAAAUUGUAUCGUUUAGCUUUAAUUGACAUUGAAUGUGCUCUAAAAAUGGAUUAUCCAAAAGAUAUGCAAUACAAAUUACAUGAACGUAAAGCACGUAUCUAUCUAGCAUUAAAAAAACAUGCGGAUGCAUUGGAUGCAUUCAAACGCACUAUAUCAACGUUAAGCGAUUGUAAGUUACCAUUGGAACGUAAGCAACAAUUACAAAUGGAUGCUCAAAUUAUGGUUGGAAUGUUAUCCAAAGAUAAAAACGUUCUAAAUUCAAAACAAAGUGAUUUUAAUUUGGAUGUGAAAAAAGUACGAAGUGAUUAUUUACCAGAAUUAACGGCCAAAUGCAAUACAGAGUAUCCAAAUGCAAGCGAAUUAGUGAAAUUUGAGUUUAAUGAGAAUUUGGGUCGUUAUGCUGUUGCCAAUAAUGAUAUUCAAGUGGGAGAUACGUUAAUCGUUGAGAAAGCUGCAUGUUCUGUGUUGUUGUCGAAUUAUUCGUUAACGCAUUGCCAACAUUGUUUUCUAAAAUUACAAGCACCAAUAGCAUGUGACUCAUGUGCAAAUGUAAUAUUCUGCAGUGAAUUAUGUAAAACAAAAUCAAAAAUUUAUCACAAUCAUGAAUGUGGAAUCACUCAAUCCAUUUGGGAUUCAGGAAUAUCAAUUAUCUGUUUAAUGGCUUUACGUUUUAUCACGGAACGUAAUCAAGAAUAUUUUCAAGAAUUGUACUCAUCAAACUGUAAAACUCAAAAUGUAUACAAUCAAGUUUUAACAUUGGUCACACAUAGUGAUAAACGUUCACAAGAGGAUUUCUUCCAUCGAUCCAUAAUGGCAUUGUACCUUAUGAAAUGUUUGGAACAAUCCAAUUAUUUUACAUCCGAUUCUACGAUCGAUUUCAAGUAUUUUAUUGGUGGUUUAAUAAUUAAACAUUUGGAAAUUUUACAAUUUAAUGCACAUGAAAUAUCCGAAUUAAAAAUGGAUGAAGUUUAUCCAAAACGUGUCGAUUUAGCCAAAUCUAUAUUUUUGGGUGGAGCGAUUUAUCCAACAUUAGCGUUAUUUAAUCAUUCAUGUGAUCCAGGAAUUAUCAGAUAUUUUCAUGGUACAUCUGUAAUAGUUCGAGCAAUAAAAAAUAUCAAAAAAGGUGAAAUGAUUGCUGAAAACUAUGGACCGAUUUACACUGAAUCACCAUUGUAUGAACGUAAACGUAUAUUGAAAGAGCAAUAUUGGUUUGAUUGUUUUUGUAUGCCAUGUAUGCAGAAUUGGCCCACGUUUGACAACAUGAACCCAUCAAUAUUACGAUUCCGUUGCGAUGCUCAAAUCAAGUGCACGAAUAUCAUUCCGAUAAGUGUGAACACUGAUAAAUUCUUUGCACAUUGUGGUCUGUGCGAUCAGAAUACAAAUAUUCUAAAAGGAUUAAAAUCUUUGGAGGAAACCGAUUAUUUAUGUAAAAAGGCGAAUGAAUUCAUUGAAAAAGGUGAUACGACGAAUGCCUUUCAAAUGCUGAAGAAAGCGUUGUCGAUAAUGAAUGAAGUUUUGGCUCCACCAUUUCGGGAUUAUACUUUAUGUCAACAAGGAAUACGAAGAUGUUUGUUGGAUUUAGGAAAUAAAACUAAUUUUUAAACAUU